AUGGUGGUUACAACUGUCGCGUCGUUGAAGCCGAUAAGAAUGCUCAAAGAUAGCAAAGGAAAACUAUACUACAUUGGAGAAUCCGCCUCGCUCAGCUAUCUCCAGGUUGUCCGGCGCAGUGUCGCCGAAACCGUCGGAGCAUGCGCUUUUACUCUCGACACUCUCGGCCACCAGAUGAUUGAAGUCGAAAUGUCUGCCAAUCUUCACGCCAUCCAAUCGGAACCGUAUCUCGACCGCGAUUCUUGUCUUGCACUAGUCCCUCAGUUUGAGCUGGCUGUAAGCGGUGUGCUGGACCUCUUCGACACAGCCUGCAUUCACGCUCGGAUGAUGAUAUGGCUGGACGACCCCAAUAAAAGCAAUACAAAGGAUGCCCCCAUACUGUUUCUCAUCUUAGCCAUUGCAUCUCUCGCUAGUGCGGCCGAUACCGCCCAAGAAGACAAUGCGGAGCGAUGCUUCACCUUUGGCAGGCAACAGGCCAUCCUACGACUCCUCGACUGCCCGAGCCUCGAAACCGUACAAGCAUUCAGUUUGAUCACAUAUUAUAUGAUCAUGUCCUGCCGCUGCAAUGGCGCUUUCACCAAUCUUGGCAUUGCCGCGCGGACAGCUUACUCCCUCGGCAUUCAUCGCCACGAGACCAACAGCUCCUUUGCCCGCGAAACGGGUAUCGCCCGCGAGAGAGCUUGGAAGUCACUCCGGGUUUGUGAUCUCUUUCUUAGUGCCACAAUGGGAAGACCACCCGCUACGUCGGAAACUGAUUGCAACAUCCCGUGGUCUGACCUCGCGACCCUAGCCGAAGACCCGGACAUCUCCGUCCAACACCAAGCAGCAUCGGCUAUUUUCCGUGUUUGCCUCAUUUUUGAGCGUAUUCUCAUUGAAGUGUAUUCGCAAAAGACAAUGUCUCUUGAUCUAGCCGCCAGUAUCUCCAGCCAGCACCGCGAGUGGUCCGAGUCGCUGGCGGCCAUGCUCAAAGUCGACCGGCUCGUCAAGACAGAAACAAGUAUGGGCCGUUCUGCACAGAAGCUCGGAUCACAUAUCGUAUCCAUGGCCUUUUAUUAUUCUCUCAUUCUUCUCUCACGGCCAUUCCUCGCGCACUAUACCAGCGCAAGCCAUACUACCGAAGAAUGGCUACAGGAUACGUCGCCCGCCAGCAUAGCGAUAUAUGCCGAUGCGUGUACGGAUGCAGCUAUCAAAGGCAUCCAGCUGGCGAGCAACAUUGCCUUUGAUGACAGAAUGCCCAAGAGGCAGCCCCUUAUCAUUAAUAGUGUCUUCAUCUCUGCUUUGUGUCUUGGUCAUGCGCACCUGGGCGAUUACGACCAGCGAGGGUGGCCUAUCCGAAGCAGCCUUGACACAGCGAUAGCCAUACUCCAGAGACUAAGUGGUAGAAAUCCCCAAGCGGCAUGUUAUGUAGAAAUCUGCGAACACUUGCGUGAAGCCACUGCGAUGCAUGUACAGAAACGUACCAAGACGCUGCUCAAAGAUACAGAAGAGCAGCUGCGCAGCGUGUUUGGCGAUGUACAAUCAGCACUAAAUCAAUGCGAUGCUGAAACUGAAGAGGAUAUGUUUGGUGUACAGGAAAAUCAUGACGAUGGCUUGUUUCUUUUUUCGGCCCUCGACUUUGACUAUCCAGGCGAUUACCCAGAUCCAGAUACCGCGCAAAUAUGGGAACCCAGUUUCUAG